CGGUAACGGGUUUUUUGGGGGGAAUUCCGUCUGUUAACGGGUGAUCCUGAGUCGAUUCCGUCCCCUUCCAGAAUACCCUGGGGCUUAGCAGGAGGGACACUGUCCGGUCUAACCUUUGCCUAGUGCUGUAUGUUUUUUGUCUCCACUGCACCUCCACCACCUCCCCCUCCUCCUCCUAGUGCUGUACACAUGUCCGCAAAAUGUCCAGCCCAAUUCUCUCUCUAAGUGCAUCCUCCCGAUGUGUAAUUUCAUCCACAUUCAUCCAGCGUGACUCGUGAACAAGGUGUUGUAAAGUCGGGCACCCUUUGUAGCCCAGUAAUGUCUGACCUUGGUCCUCUAAAGCAUGUCCCGCUUGUUCCCUUAGUACGGCUCAGUCUGGUGCCCGAUGGUUCAAAGCGGUGAAGCUCAAGGACUGUUCGCGACCGUGGGAAAACGUGCUGUACCACUCUGCACCUCUCCAUUCCUCCCGUGUCCUCCUCCCCAUCUGUCUCCUACAGUACCACACCACCAAGUCAUUCGCCCCCCUCCUCUCUUCUCUCUCCUCUCUCCUCUCUCUCAUUUCCCCCCUCCCCCUCUCCUCGUCCAUCCUCCUCAGCGAGUGCGUGUACACAAAAAGGCACACCCGCGAUUCCGCGCGCCUGCCCGAAGGGCAACCCGCGUGGGCCCGCCCACGUGCGUAAGGCAUGCGAAAGGAAUCUCCCCCUCCUGCCUCCCCCGUUAUCCCAUUCCACCGCCGCAGCACCCUCUCCCGCAGAUCGCCGUCUCUCGACUCCACUCACCGCCUCCCCUUGACUCUCUUCUUCUCCCUCCCUCCCUCCCUCUCCUCCCCCCACCCCCCCCUCCCCCUCCCCCCCUCACCCCCCCCCUUCUUCCCCCCUCCCUCCCCGAACGAGUCUAAUUUACAAUUUAUGGACCAUAAAAUUUGGGGCAUGGUUCACCGUCGCCGCGCCGCGGCGACGUGGGACCAUCGUUGUCCCACGAACCGGAUCGACGACGUCCGACCGUCGCCCAUCGAACGGACAGUCUUCUCUCCGCCAUUAAAGCAGCAGAGCCCUCUUUCCCCCUCCCCCACACCCCCGCCGCGCAAGCACUCGUCCCAUCCCAUCCCGCUGCGUUCCUCGAGCCCACACCCACCCACCCGCCGCUCCCUUUCAAUUCCCGCUGCUCUCUCCCCUGCACUAUCAAGCGCGCUCCGUAUAGCCAACGAGUUCACUGGAGCUCGACUCCCAUCCCGACUCCCCCGUGCAUUCGACUGUACAGGGUUUCGGAUUUAGAGUAUGAGGGUCCACUGACCAUUUGACUCCGCCCACACCCCCCCCCCCCCCGUGUCUCCGAGCCUCGUUAAAAGCCCCCUCUUCCCUCCCAUCUCAUUUCAUCCAUCCGUCGCGAGCUGCUUGUCUACUAUCCACCUAUAGUGGCCACUCUUGUAUCCAUCUAGAAGCCACUCUCGACAGCUCCGCAGCCCCGUGCGGCGGUGAUAGCAACCGGCCAUCCAGCGACUCGCGUCAGUCGCGCCUCCGAGGCACGGUACCGCCGCUGGAGCUUCGUUUCUCGGGGCAUCAACUUCAGCGCGAACCGCCAACAUGCGGCCGGCCACGCUCGCCCGCCUCUGCGCCGUCGUAUUGGCUCUGACGGCGGUGAUGCCAGCGGUGCUGCUGACGGGCGCGCAGCCGCUGGCGGGGCCGCGGUGCGUGAACCGGUUUCCGCAGAAGCCGCUGUGCAAGUUCGUCGACGACCUCGCCGGGUCGCCACUCACCUUCCUCGACGCGUCGGCCGGCAAGACGAUCGAGAUUGGCGCGUAUGACGUCUAUCAGAAGUUCCACCGCGAUCUGCCCGACACCAAGGUGUAUGCGUACGGCGUCUCCCGCACCUCGGCGCGCUACCCGGGCCCCGUGCUCGUCGCAAAGCGCGGCACUACCAGCAAGGUGAAGUUCUCCAACUACAUCAAUGAUAAGAAGCACAUGUUCACGAUCGACCCCACACUCAUGUCGCCCACACUCACAAACGGCGGCGUGCCUAUCUCCGUUCACAGGCAUGGUGGGGAGACGCAAAGCGAAUCUGACGGCCAUCCGAUGGCGUGGUACACUUCUAGUGGGGAGAACGACCCCGAGUACGCAUCCCAGAUCACCCCCACCAGCAGCGGCGAGCACGGAUCCGAGUACAAAUCCCGCGAGCACGAAUAUCCGAAUGUGCAGCGCGCCACGAUGCUGUGGUACCACGACCACACGAUUGGGUUGACCGCGCUCAACAUGGUCGCGGGAAUGGCGGGGCUCUACGUUAUCCGCGACCCGCAAGGCGAGGAGAGGCGACUCAAGAAAUGGCUGCCACGUGGCGCGCGUGAAUUGCACCUCGUGAUUGCUGACAGGAUGUUUUUCCCGAACGGAUCCAUCAAUUAUCCGAACCAGGGGUUCGUGCCGAAUGUACACCCGAACUGGAUACCCGGUUACAUUGGCAAUACGAAUGUCGUCAACGGCAAGGUCUGGCCAUUCCUCUCGGUUCGGCGAGCGCAGCACCGGCUUCGGAUGGUGAAUGCAGCCAAUGCGCGCACGUACAACCUCUCCUUCCAGUGCGCUGGGCGUGGUGAUCACAACUUUAACCCCCCUCUUGCCGGACCGCUCCUGCCCUUUUAUCUGAUCGGUUCCGAUGGUGGCUACCUCGCCCGACCCCUCCGCCGCACCUCCAUCCUUUUCGCCCCAGGCGUGCGCCACGACAUGCUCCUUGACUUCAACGAUGCACCUGCCUGGUGCCGCAACGUCAUCGUCGUCAACAACGCCCCCAUCCCCUUCCCUGUGGGGCAGCCGGCCGACUGGUUCACAGGCGUGGUCAUGCGCUUCAUCAUCAACCAGCGCUUGCCCAUCAAAGCACCAGCGCUGCCCAAGAGGAUAUCUUAUGUUCCUCCGGUCGAUGUCAACAAGGCGGUGCAGCAGCGCUGGCUGGCCAUCGUGUUUGUCAUCGACCCGGUGUCGCAGAAACCGAGCUCCAUGCUGUUCAAUGGCAAGUCGUACAUGGACCCUGCCACCGAGACACCCAAAGUGGGCACUUCUGAGAUUUGGCACAUAGUCAACCCGACCUUCGAGACGCACCCCAUCCACCUGCACCUGGUGCAGCACCGCCCCCUCUUCCGCCGUCCGAUCAACUCAGGGGGGCUCAUCAACGGCUCGUGCUCGCUCGCCCCCUCCUCCAAGCCCAGCUGCUUCACUGGCCCGGCCCGCCCCGUGCCCCUUCAUGAGCAGGGGUGGAAAGACACCACCGUGGUGUUCAAUGACAUGGUUACCACCAUCUUCGUUCCGUUCAAGGGGCAGGACGGCAAGGCAUUCCCCUUUGAUUCCACCAAGGGCCCGGGCUAUGUGUGGCACUGCCACGCACUGGAGCAUGAGGACAACGACCUCAUGAGGCCGCUAAUCAUGACGUGAUGGGUCUGUAGUAACUCUGGUACACCCCUCCUUGUGGCCUGGUCGUAGGAAUAGCUUAUAGAAAAACUGUUCAUGGGAACGCUGGCCCAUAGACUAUUGAGCAUCAUGCUUUCUUUUCAGGUAUCAAAUGGUUUCCAUCGAGGGUAGAUGUUCAUGGGGUAUUGGUAGUUUUGUUAAGGCUGUGUAUGUAUCUGUUGGGGGUAAUAAAUUUUUACCGUAAACAUGAA